AUGCCAUCUUAUUUAAGUGAUCGAGUCGACUACCAUUACACAGAUGCGAGGAGCGGAAAAACGGCAUAUGGAGAAGUGAUGCGAAUCGACAGUCGUCCCGGGGAAGAUAUGUUUGAGCUAUCUGGCUCGGCCAGGGUCCCAACGCUUUCACACAGCCCUCAUAGUUCUGAGAUUGCCAAGCCUCGGGACUUUCCACAGGCAAGAUGCUUCUGUUAA